UGCGUUCGGGACGUAAACAAACACAAUUCUUCAUCUGUUCUGUUCGGAAGCAUACGUGACAUUCAACGGCAGAAUCAUGAGCACACCAGCAGCAGCACCGGCAACACCAAAGGUGAAGAAGGCUGCGAAGCCUAAAAAGCCAGCAACUCAUCCAAAAUACUCGGAGAUGAUUGCGAAGGCCAUCGUGGCGCUGAAGGAGCGCGGAGGUUCAUCUCGACAGGCGAUCCUGAAGCACAUUCUUGCCAACUUCAACGUCGGCAAAGACGCGGCAGCCGUGAACUCCAGACUGAAGCUGGCGCUCCGAAAGGGGGUCGCUAAAGGAGCUUUGAAACAGGCGAAAGGCACCGGGGCAGCCGGCUCCUUCCGUGUGGCAGAGAAACCCAAAGCUCCCAAGGUGAAGAAACCUAAGGCAGCGAAGAAGCCCAAGGCCAAGAAGCCAAAGGCGAAGAAACCUGCAGGCGAAAAGAAGGCCGCCAAGCCAAAGAAGGCAAAGUCUCCGAAGAAGGCAAAGGCUGCUAAGCCCAAGAAGGCAAAGUCGCCCAAAAAACCGAAGGCUGCCAAACCAAAGAAGGUCAAGACUCCGAAGAAGGCAGGAGCAAAGAAAGUGAAGAAAUCACCGAAGAAGGCGACCAAAAAAACAGUGGAAAAGAAGUGAACCUUCAAUGCUGGACAUAACUGUACAUAAACUGUAAAAUUCCGUGUACAUAGUGUAAAUUGCUUCAGGAGACUUCAUCCAAGAACUCAUUGACUCUUAAAAAGGCAGCUUGUAUCAUCAAUCUGUGACGAUGGACUAGCUCCGAUUGUUGCAGUUUGACAAGAUUACGCGAAUCCACAAACCACUGCUAGUGCACGAGCUUUGUUUUGCGGAUUAUCGUAGGACUUUGGGGAUCCAUUUUCAUGCUCAUUUUAUCAUUGUGUUCAUUCAUGUGCAUUUAUUUAUGUUACGAGUGUGUUGUUCUUCACUACAAAACCUCAUUUAAGAAUGACGUCAUUUGCUUCACUGCACUCUGUGAGUGUCGUAAAUUGGACAAGAAAUAUUGCUUUUAUAUUGUUUCUUUCUAAUUUAUGCGGAAUCACUUUCUAAAUUAUGCUAAUUCAUGCAAAUAAAAUGAAAACACAUUUA